UAUAAUCGCGUAAGCGGUGUCUACGCCAAUCAAGAAGAAGAAGAAGAAUAUCAGUUUCGGCUAUGUUUUUAGGUAUGCCGAAGCUAAGGUUUCAGUAAAUAUAGCUGAAAAAACUGAAAAUUUGAAAACUUCACGAAUUUAACGUACCUGCCUCGUAUCUUAGAUUAUGUUUGCCGAAGUACACCCACAUAAUUCUCUGUUGUAAAGAUAGUAGCACCUGGUUGGAGGUCAUUAUCAUGUAAACUAAGCAAGUUCAUUGUACUAGAUUUUUUAUGCGGAGGUCGGACGUAUUAGCUUGUAUAGAUAAGCCUAAACAUCUUGAGCUCAUCAUAGCUGUAAAUUAUGUACACAGUUAUUUUUGGUUAGAACCGGCGUAUAUAUAAGAGAUAGCACAAUUAGCCGGCGUUUGAAUUUUAAGAAGCAUCCAAAAUGAACGACCGUGCAUACAAGUUCACAAUCUUACUGCUGCUGAGCAUUGUAAUGCUCACCACGGCUGAACACAACAUAGCAGCAGCAACAACGACCCAAGCUCCAAGGCGGUUAGAGAGUUACGUUGGACGCAUUGUGGGCGGCAAUGAGGCGCAAAUAUCACAGUUUCCCUAUCAAGUGUCCAUCCAGCAGGAAGGUGUCCAUCGCUGCGGCGGCGCCAUUUACAGCGCAACGCUUAUAGUGAGCGCUGCACACUGCUUCGAGUUAUGGGAUAUGCCGGAGUUGUUUGCCGUCCGCGCCGGUUCGUCGGAGCACGAGCGCGGUGGUGUAUAUUUGCCGGUGCGACGCAUUUUCAUACAUCCGCAAUUUCAGCUAGCUAACGGUAUUAACGAUGACAUAGCGGUAUUGGCGUUGACAUAUUCACUACCGUUUAGCGCAAAUAUUCAACCGAUAGCGUUGGCCUCAAGCGCAGAUAUGGCAGUUGCACACCAAACGGUAUUCUUUGUGAGCGGUUGGGGUACCGUUACGGAGGAUUCGCGCUUGAGAUCGCCACAUUUACGCUUCGCGACUGUACAGCGAUUCGAGCAGCACUCAUGCACGGCCGUUUACAGUAACAUCGUGCGUAUAACCGAGGGUAUGCUGUGUGCCGGUGCGCUGAGUGGUGGACGUGAUAGCUGUAAGGGAGAUUCCGGUGGACCUUUAGUGGGCUAUUCGCGUGGACGAUAUAUGUUGAUGGGUGUAGUUUCGUUCGGCAUCGGUUGUGGCAGACCGGGUAUUCCCGGUAUUUAUACACGUGUUGCAGAGUACAAGGACUGGAUCGAGUUGGCGGCGAAGCAGAUUUAAAUUGGUUGUAGUAUAAGAGGGGUUAAAAUUUCGAAUAACUAAAAUUUAAGAAGUAUAGAAUAUUUUUGGAAGAGAGCUCAAGUUAUGUUAGAUGUUCUUAUAGUUUUGAUUAGAUUCUAAAAUAAGAUCUUAUAGUUGUGAUUAAAAAAUAAAGUGAGGUUAUAUUGCCAAAAACGAUUUCCUAGUUUUAAAACCCGUCUUGUAUGUUUUAGGUAGAAUCUGAAGCUGAAUCGUCGAUACAAAUAACAACUGUUGCUCUUGAUAACUUUAUACGAACCCUAUUGUCAGUAACGUCGGGUACCGGUUUGGGGUCCAAAUGUUUAAAUUUGCGUUUCUGGUUAUUGAAACCUCUCUAAAGUUCUAUAUAAAAGUGAUGGCAACAGUGUCACCCUUAUGCCUAAAUAUUAAAUAGUGAGAAGACACUCUUAGCUUCCCAACCCUCCGGUAAUGCAUCGGCGGACAACAGUUAAUAUCUGCAUUGACAGUCAAGCAACGCUGUAACCUCGGUUCGCAUGUUUACUUCAGCUGGAUGUUAGGUAACAAAGGCAUCGAUGGCAAUCAGAUAGUGGACGCGAAUGCCUAGAGUGAUGUAUUGCUGUCAUCCAAUAAUUAUCUCAUCGACCAUCUGGCCAAGAGCAUGGUAAGGAAGGUUAAAAAUCUAUGGAAUAAUCUAUGGGGAUCAAAAAUACACUCUUCACGUAGUAUACGUGAUGAAGGAACAUGAUUGGAAUACUUACUGAUCACAGCAAGGCAACAGGGGAAACAAUGGAGCCAGUGGUUCAAUUGUCACGCACUAGAAAAGCAAUGCUUAAAACAAUGGGGUGUCCCAGUAUAUGAGACACUGGAAGUGGUAUCGAUAGUGAGGCUGCAGAACCUAUUGAAACUCACUUUAAGCGCUGGCAUCCUGAAGUGUAACUACUUCUCAUAAAGUACGUAGCGGCAGAGUUACAUAGUCGAAUUUUGGAUUUUCUGGCG